GUAGUUUGUAGGUGAGGGUCACGGUUUGUUGAUACGAAAAUUUUUUGUCCUCAUUUCGUUUGUGCACUAUAGAAAAACGGAGGGAUGAGCGACUGCAAUUGCAAACGCAACCCUACGGCUGAUUUGAUUUGAUCCGUUGAACCGCGAACAAGUGCUUUGGUGCCUUUUGGGCUUUUGGCUGAAUGGGUUCAGCUCCGGCCCGAUACCAUCUAGCCGCGCGUACGGUCCGAUUGCAUUCACCUUAGACCAUCACGGGCGACGAUACUGCCCUCUUCUGGUCUCGUCUCGCGAACAAGGGCCUCUCCUGCUCCCAACCUCAGCCCCCGGGCUAAAAACUCGUCUCAUCUCUCUCUCUCUCUCUCUCUCUCUAAACGGUCGCUGCGCACGUUCUCUCUCCCCCUUGUUUAUUGCCUCUCUCUCUCUCUCUCUCUCUCUCUCUCUCUCUAACAAGUAAUUCUGUUCUGUGACGCACAGUUAGGUCUAUAUCUGCAUAUGCAUGUAACUCUUUCAUGAGUCAUGGCUACGGGACUAUUACUCUAGGGCUUCGCUACACAAAUCGAAUCAGGUGAAAUUUAUUGUCAGAGUAAAUAGCUGCAAUGUAUGCUAGGAGAUUGAAGUGCAGAAAUCAGAGAUUGGGUUCUGUCUUUCAGCCUUCCAAAUAUUUAAAUAAGUCAGGCUAUAUAGAAACAAAUUUUUCUCGACAAUCUGACUAUACAGCUGCAGCAGGAAACUACCCCUUAUGGGGCAGCUUGAUUAGAAGAAAUAUGUUAGAUUCUUUAUUGUCUCGGGGGAUUGCCUCUGGUAAUACCUGUACAAUUUUGCAUGGGAAAUCUAAUGCUUGUUGGAAAAGUAGUCAAGUACGUGUAUAUAGCUCUGAAGGUGAUGGAAGGAAUGCAAGCGAGGAUAAACAUAUACCUGUCAAAGAUGGGGCUAACUUUGACAAGGGAAAGAUUAAGCAGGGGAAGCUUAGGGAAGAUGUGAGACAUUGCAAUGAGCAUGCAAUACUCGGUGAGCAAGAUCAAAAGGAAUGGCUCAAUAAUGAGAAACUGGCUAUUGAGAGCAAAAAGAGGGAAUCCCCUUUUCUAUCUAGACGGGAAAAGUUAAAAAAUGAGUUCUUGCGGAGAGUUGUUCCGUGGGAGAAAAUAACAGUGACAUGGGAAACAUUUCCUUACUACAUUCAUGAACACACCAAGAGUCUUUUGGUGGAAUGUGCUGCUUCCCAUUUAAAACACAAGAAGUUUACUGCAACUUAUGGUGCUCGUUUGACAUCUUCUAGUGGGAGAAUACUGCUUCAAAGUGUUCCAGGCAUGGAGUUGUAUAGGGAAAGAUUAGUCAGAGCACUUGCUCGGGAUUUACAAGUUCCCUUGCUUGUUCUUGACAGCAGUAUUCUUGCUUCCAUUGAUUUUGGUGAGGAUUGUUCGUUGGAAUCUGAAUCAGAUGAUGAUGGUGCAGAAUUGGUGGAUGAGUGUACUUCAGACUCAGAAGAUGAGGAUGAGAAUGUUGCAACUAAUGAAGAAGAAUGGACAAGUGGUGGUGAGGCAAAAUCUGAGGGCAGUGAUGAUGAAGAAGUUGAUGUUCGAGCAUCUGCAGAAGCCCUCAAGAAGCUUGUUCCCUACAGCCUUGAAGAUUUUGAGAAACAAGUGUCUAGUGAAUCUGAGAGCGCCUCUGAUUCCUUAAAGCCGGAGACCGCUGAACCUUUUGAUACAUCCAAAUGCCUGCUAAAGAAAGGGGAUCGGGUGAAAUACAUUGGACCUUCUGUACAUAUUGAAGCUGAUAACAGGAUUAUUUUGGGGAAGAUAUCAACGUCUGACGGUUCAACAAAUGCUUAUACUAUUAUCCGUAGCAGGCCUUUAUCGAGUGGUCAACGUGGAGAGAUAUAUGAGGUGAAUGGAGACCGAGUUGCAGUGAUUUUAGAUAUUAACGACAACAAAGCCAAUGAUGUAGAGAAGGAUGAGAAACAUACUGAUCAAGCUGCAAAGUCAUCAGUGUAUUGGAUAAAUGUUAAGGAUGUUGAGCGUGAUCUUGAGACGCAAUCCGAAGAUGGUUUCAUUGCAAUGGAGGCUUUGUGUGAGGUUUUGCGGUCCAAGCAGCCUCUUAUUGUCUACUUUGCAGACUGUACUCAAUGGUUAUUGAGGGCUGUUCCGAAGUCAAGUCGUAAGGAGUUUGUUAAUAAGGUGCAAGAAAUGUUUGACCAAUUAUCAGGGCCUGUUGUUUUAAUUUGUGGGCAGAACAAAGUCGAAUCGGGGUCAAAGGAGAAAGAGAAAUUUACAAUGAUACUACCCAAUUUUGGUCGUCUUGCCAAGCUGCCUCUUCUGAAGCAACUUACGGAGGGUCUAAAACCUGCAAAGAGAUCAGAACACAAUGAAAUUAAUAAGCUCUUCACUAACAUUUUUUAUAUAUGCCCUCCAAAGGAGGAAGAUAUUCUUAGAACAUUCACAAAGCAGGUUGAAGAAGAUAGGAGAAUUGUGAUAGCAAGGAGCAAUUUAAAUGAGCUACAUAAGGUUCUUGAGGAACAUGAGCUAUUAUGUGUGGAUCUCUUCCAUGUAAAUACAGAUGAUGUGAUACUGACAAAGCGAAAAGCUGAGAAAGUUGUUGGGUGGGCUAAAAACCAUUAUUUAUCAUCUUGCCUUCUUCCUUCUAUUAAAGAGGAAAGACUACAGGUCCCUCGGGAAAGCCUUGAAAUUGCAAUUUUGAGGUUAAAGGAGCAAGAAACAGCAUCGAGAAAGCCAUCACAUAACUUAAAGAACUUUGCUAAGGACGAGUAUGAGAGCAACUUUAUUUCAGCUGUGGUUCCACCUGGUGAAAUUGGGGUCAAGUUUGAUGAUAUUGGUGCUCUUGAAGAUGUUAAGAGGGCAAUGAAUGAACUUGUCAUUCUUCCAAUGAGGAGACCUGAGCUUUUCUCUCGUGGGAAUCUGCUGCGGCCUUGCAAAGGAAUAUUGCUUUUCGGGCCUCCUGGAACUGGGAAAACCCUUCUUGCCAAGGCACUUGCUACUGAGGCAGGGGCAAAUUUUAUUAGCAUAACAGGCUCAACUCUUACAUCAAAGUGGUUUGGAGAUGCUGAGAAGCUUACCAAAGCCCUCUUUUCCUUUGCCAGCAAGCUGGCCCCUGUUAUUAUUUUUGUCGAUGAGGUUGAUAGUUUGCUUGGUGCUCGUGGUGGUGCUUUUGAGCAUGAGGCAACCAGAAGAAUGCGAAAUGAAUUUAUGGCAGCCUGGGAUGGGCUGAGGUCUAAGGACAGCCAGAGAAUCCUGAUCCUUGGUGCCACAAAUCGGCCGUUUGACCUUGAUGAUGCUGUCAUUCGUCGUUUGCCGAGGAGGAUAUACGUGGAUCUUCCAGAUGCUGAAAAUCGUAUGAAGAUUCUAAGAAUAUUUCUUGCACAAGAAAAUCUGGAAUCUGGGUUUGAGUUUGACAAACUUGCAAAUGCAACUGAAGGAUAUUCAGGAAGUGAUUUGAAGAACCUCUGUAUUGCCGCAGCAUAUAGACCAGUUCAGGAACUUCUAGAGGAAGAAAAAAAGGAAACCAGAAAUGAUGUACCUCCAGUACUAAGGCCACUCAAACUGGACGAUUUCAUUCAGUCAAAAUCCAAGGUGGGAGCAUCAGUAGCUUAUGAUGCCGCCAGCAUGAACGAGCUUAGGAAAUGGAAUGAACAGUAUGGAGAGGGUGGCAGCAGGAUAAGAUCUCCAUUCGGGUUUGGAAACUAAUUGAAGAAGUUGAUUACUAUUUAUUUAAUUUUGGGAGAUGCCAAAGCCCUGAGGUAGUGUCCUCCAUCGAAGUUCUCUUUGCCAUUCCAUUUUCAACUGGGGAGAGGGCCUGCCUCGUUAUUUAAAUUUUUUUUUUUUUGUGUAAAAGUUUUUAGAAUAUAUUUCUAGUUUCAGGUUUAAAUUUUGCAUGUAUAUUGACAGCAACGCCGUAAUUAUCAUUUUUGUAACUUUAUUUUAAUAAAAUUGUUUCUUUAGCAA